AUGGGUCUUGUGCUUAGCGUGCUUAGCAUUCUCUUCUACUACGUGGCAAGGAUACGUAGAGCCAUUCAUUGCCGUGAUACUGUCCCUGCGAAGGAAAUUCUUGCUUCCGCAAUAGCAUCGACCCAGCUUCAUGACGGGUCGACAGGCAAGGAGUUUCUUCCAGCUUCAUCUUCGGUUGCAAUAAGCGAAGCAGAUCAAGACGCACUGUGCCUUAUCCACGAGGAGCUUACAGUCAUACCUGCUACACCCAGUAGAGAUGCUUUCUUCCAUGUCCCCAACGAACUGGUCCUCGCAAUUGCUGAGUUACUGCCAGACAGUGACCUUGUGUGUCUGACCACCCUGUCCUGUCAUAUGCACUAUAUCACCGUUCCCAUUUAUCUUCGUCGACACGGCUUACGCAUUUCCGGAGCUGACAAAGUCGUUGUCCUACUCAGAGAUGAUGCCAUUGCGACUCUUUCUUUCUGGCGGCGUUCGCUGCUAUUCCAGUGCCCCCGGAUACUGCGUGUCGGUAUCAACACCCCUUCCGAAUACAUGCGAUUGGGUCGUUUCUUCGCGUCCCUGGGGUCUGAUUCACCAUUGCGGAACGUGAAACUUUUCCUCGACUCACCUCCAGGACAGCAGCUGGUGGAGGUACUGGAUACGUUGCGUCACAGUUGUGUUUCGAGUAUCACGCUCUGGCACAGAAGUAGCAUCAUUUGCCGCCCUGUCUUACCAUGCAAACAUGUGUCCUGCUCGCCUGACUUUUCCUUCUCCACCUUGGAAACAUUUCAGCCUCAGGUGGCUGCACUGUUCGAUUCUUCUUUGUCUCAAUGGACAUUGCAGAUGAUCAAUUCCACUUCACUAGUCGAGCUGACUUUAGUCACACCGGGUCUCGCUUCCCCUCCCUGGUCCCUUAUCCUGGAGCGACUCGCGAUCCCUACCCUCCGCAUCCUACGAAUCGAGGGUGAACUUACUCACCUUGCCCUCGAUCGUUUCUUGCAGCGCCAUCGCGGACUAGAGGAACUUCAUAUAGGAUAUCAUUCAGAUUACGGCCGUGUAGCCCGUCGACGAACCCCUCCUUCAGAUCUAUCUCAUCUGUGGGUUCUCGCAGUGCCGACCAUGUACCUUCUCCACAUACUAGGCGACGAGCGCACGAGCGCCGCCACUCUGGAGAGAUUGACGAUUCUCCCUAGUCUCCACUGUGAGAAGAUCGCCGAGUUCGUUUGCAGCCUCUCCAAGGUGCUCACGCUCGUCUCCGAGCUUGAGGAGCUGUACUGGCUCAAUUGCACGUUUCCUCCUUUUAUGGCAGCGGGCGUUGACGAAAUACCGAACGGUAUCAUUGGACUUCCGCUAUCGGAUGUUCUACUUCCUAACGUGAAGUAUGUUGUGUUGGAACAAGCAUCGAGCGAGAAUAAACGGGAUUCCUUCAGUGCGUUGCUCUUGGACUUCAACCAUGGAGGUGCACUUUCCGGCUCUGCACGCCUGCGCACCGCUCUCUCUAACCUCCUUGAUUAA